AGAAGAAAUGGGUAAUAACUCAUAAUUUUACUUAGUUGGUAGUUAAAUAAGGAAGUAAUAAAAAGUUGUUUAUUGUUUCGUUAUAUUUUUUUUUCGUUUUUGUACAUAUGUAGAUAAUCAAUACAAUGAACCAUUGACGUACUGUGGAUUACUCUGCACAGCAAAGUAAUGGAAUACACGUAACUCUGAAUAGUGAUUAUUUAUGUGUUGUUAAAAAGGUAUAGGAAUUAAUAUUUCAAUUUGUAUUUAUUUAGUUUUGUAUAUUGUAUACCAAAUAUAUAAAAUAUAUAUAUAAGAGUAUAUUAAAAUGCACAGAAGGUUGAGUACACUAUAAUUUUUGAAACUUGUAUGUCCUUUAUCAUCCAUUGAUUUUUAUAUUAUUAUAUUACUUUACAGUGUGAAGUAUGUUCAAAACUCAUCAACAAAACGCAUUACUAAACUAUUGAUAGCUAAUCGCGGAGAGAUUGCGUGUCGAAUCAUAAGAACUGCACGUCGUUUGCAAAUUGAAACAGUUGCUGUUUACAGUGAUGCAGAUAAAGAUGCAAUGCAUGUGGCCAUGGUAAAUUAAUGAUUUUCUUUAUUUGAUUUUCUAAUAUAAAAAAAAAACAUAUAGGCUGACCAAGCCAUACACGUUGGACCGGCUCCGAGUGCACAUAGUUACUUGCUUAAAGACCGUAUUGUUAACGCUGCUAUCAAAACGAAUAGUCAAGCUAUACAUCCCGGCUAUGGUUUUUUAUCAGAAAAUGCAUCAUUUGCUCAAUAUUGCAAUCAUAAUAAUUUAAUAUUUAUUGGUCCUCCGCCUAAUGCCAUUGAAAGUAUGGGAAUUAAAAGGUAUAUGUUUUGUUUUAGUUUUUAUAUUAAACAGUAAAUAUUACUCAAAUAAUUCUAGUAAAUCAAAAGAAAUAAUGUCGAAAGCUGGUGUGCCAGUAAUUGUUGGAUACCACGGCAUUGAACAAAAUUCAGAUUUUCUUCAACAACAAGCUAAUAACAUUGGUUAUCCUGUUAUGAUUAAAGCCAUUAAAGGUGGAGGGGGCAAAGUAAAAUCAAAUUUCUAAGUAAUUAUAUAUUAGUAUAACAUAUUAUAUGUAUACUUUUUUUUUCUUUUUUUUAUAAUAGGGAAUGAAAAUUGUAAACAAAGAAUCUGAAUUCUUUGAAAAUCUUUUGUCAGCCAAGAGAGAGUCAUUAAAUUCAUUUGGUGAUGAUUCAGUUCUAAUCGAAAAAUAUAUACAACAACCUAGACAUGUAGAAGUACAGGUGUUUGCUGAUCAACACAAAAACUGUGUUUAUUUAUUUGAACGAGAUUGUAGUAUACAAAGACGUCAUCAAAAAGUCUUAGAAGAAGCACCUGCUGUAAGAUUCAUCUAGUGAAUUUGUUAUUUAUUGGUUCAUAACUAAUAUAAUAAUAAUAUUUUAAUGUAUGUCUUAUAAAUGUAUUGAUAUAAUUUAUUUUAGCCCAAUUUAAGUGACACCUUAAGACAACAUCUUGGAGAAACUGCUGUUCGUGCAGCAAAAGCUGUUGGAUAUGAAGGUGCUGGCACUGUGGAAUUUAUUUUUGACAAUGCAACCAAUAUGUUUUAUUUUAUGGAAAUGAACACUAGAUUACAAGUGGAACAUCCAAUUACUGAAAUGAUCACCGGGAUAGAUUUAGUAGAGUGGCAAAUUAAAGUACAUUGAAUACAUUUGAGCAUUAUUUUUAAAAAAAUAAUAAUAAUAAUUUUCAUAAACAUUGCAGAUUGCUGAAGGUGAAGAAUUACCGUUAAAGCAGAAUGAAAUUAAAUACAGAGGACAUUCAGUUGAAGCACGUAUUUAUGCUGAAGAGCCUUAUAAUAAUUUUUUACCUGCUGCUGGAAAUCUACAAUAUUUGGACUAUCCACAAGUAUCAGACAAAGUGCGUGUAGAAACUGGAGUACAGCAGGGAGAUGAAGUAUCUGUGCAUUAUGAUCCCAUGAUUGCUAAAUUAGUAGUUUGGAGUGAAACUCGGUCAGAUGCUUUUGCUAAACUUAAAAACAAUUUGGCUGCGUUUAAUGUAAGUAAUUAAAGAAAUUGUAUAAUAAUUAAUUAAUAACGAUUACUUAAGAUUGCAGGUUUGUCAACCAAUGUUCAAUUUUUAAUAUCAUUGUGUGGUCACCCUGAACUUUUGAAAGGUAAUGUCCACACUGGAUUUAUUCAAGACCAUAUAAAUGAUCUUUUGGAAAAAAAUCCACCCAACCCCGAACUGAUUUCACAGGUUAUAAUAUAUAAUUUAACCUAUAACUAUGAACAGAUUAUGGUAUUUUAUGUUUUAGGCGAUUAUUGCUAUUAUAUUGUACCAAGAAAUUAAUACUAUCAGUAAAAAUAUUACUACUGAUGAUCCAUACUCACCUUUUGCUACUCAAACUGGUUUUCGAGUAAAUCACAAUUUCAUACAAAAAAUAAAACUCAAACACAAUCUUUGCGGGAGUAUGUAAAACCAUGAUUGGAAUUAUUUAACUCGCUUUGUUAAUAUAAUGGCUUAUUUCAGAAUUAUAUGAUGUCAGUAUUGAGUAUUGUGAAGUGGGAUCAAAUUCCAGUAAAUACAAAAUUUGUUUUAAGCAUAAUGAUACAAAUAUUGAGAUAAAUGCUAGUGGUAGCUUAGAUACAACAGUACCUAAUAAAUUUCAAUUAAUAUGUACAGUAGAUGGUACAUUGUAUAAAUCCAAUAUAGCAGUUUUACAAAACUCAAUACAUCUUUUUAAUAAGGUAUUAUAGUAAGAUACCUUAAAUACAAGUAUGUAGUGUUGAAGUGCAUACUUUUAGAUUCUGAGUGGAGCGAGGAAUGUAUUGGUUUUACAAUGGUAUUCAUUUUUUUUUUUUUCUUCUGUAAACUUCUUUUCUAUCAGAAAUUUUACUCAGAUUUUCAAGUGUAACACUUUUUAUGAAAAGAAAUUUGACUAGGGUAGUACUUUAGGGAGAUCAUUUUUUGAUUUUCUCAGAAAUUUUCAUUAUAAAUGGAAAAAACCAACUAAAUGUUCAAAAUAUAUUAAAUGUAAAUGUUACGGCCUUUCAAAACAUAUAUAAUCAAACUCUGCUCAGAAUUGUUUUUUUCUUUAGCAAUGAUUAAUAUUUGUGUACAGAUAUAGAUUAAAUUUCCCCCUUUACCUUCCCAACUUCUCACUUAUAACAGUGACCCAUCCAUUGUGCGAAGUAUGUCAGUUUAUUUUUUUUUUUUGUUACCAAAUUCUAAGUUAUACUUAAUCAAGCACAAAAUAUGUUUAAAAACAAAAUCAUUUUAAAUUCAAUACUUGAAAAUAAAAUAAUAAAAUAAAUUAAAAAUAUACGAAAUAGUUUUGAAAUUAUUUUAGUACAUAUAUUAUAUUUUAAAUUAGUACUACCUAUAAUAUAAUCAUUUUAUGCACAUUGAAUUUCUUGAAAAUCAUAAAAAUAGAGAAAAAUAUUUUCAUUUAAAAAUAAACUUUUCUUUUAUUAAAUACUCAGGGAUUUUAUUAUUUAAACAACCCAAGGGGUCUUUAUAAAUAUGUUAAACAGUGUAUAUAUGUCCCACAAAGAUAUACCCAUUGAAAUAAAUCAAAAAUAUUAAUUUUUUUUUCAUCCUUAUGUUUGGGGUUGAAAUGGCUAUCUAUUUUUAAUUUUCAAAUGGCAACUUAUAUUAAAAAUGUAUUAAAUAGAUGAAGUAUUAGUUGAAAUAAUUUCAACGCCAAAAAUUAUUUUAAAUAAUAUUCCAUCUAUUUUCAAUAUAAGUUGCCAUUUGAAAAUUAAAAGUAGAUAGCCAUGUGAUACAAAUUUUGAAAACAGAUUUCAAUUUGUCUUCAAGUCUACUUAGUAUUAACUUACUCACUUUUUUAAUUUUAAUUUCUCCAAAAAUUAAAAUACUUCAUUCUUUAAUAUUACUCUUUUAUUAUUAAGUCUUUUAGGAAUUAGAGUGAUAAAAUUAAAAAUGUGGGUAAAUUAAUUUCAAUUAAUUUCAAUUUGACAACAAAUUCAUACUGUUUCAAAAAAUCUUAUCACUUCAUUAGCGAUACACAACAUGCCAAUUGGUAUAUUGGAAAUAGAAUGUGUCUAAAUUCCUAUAUUGCAUGUGUAGACAAAGACAAAAUAAUCAACAUUUCCUACUUGAGGAGAUGUCCAUAAUACCAAUAAAAUAAUUCUACUAUAUGAGUAUAAUAGACUACAUUUUACUUUAAUUAGAUUUUCUUAAUAUCUUUUUCUAGUUUUAAAAUAUAAACUAUAAUUUUAAAUAGAUAUAGAUAUAAAAAAUUGAAAUUAUAAGUGAUGCAAUUUAAUGUAUGUGAUUUUUUUAAAGGAUGGUCAAAAUGAAUUUACAGUAAUUUUACCUUUUGAUGAAAAUACAUUUGACAGUAACGAACAAGAAAUAGAAAGCAAUACAACUAUUACAUCGCCAACUCAAGCAACUUUGGAAAGAGUGAAUGUUAAUAUUGGUGAUAAUGUUAGUACUGGUGACCCAAUAGUUGUUUUAACAGCCAUGAAAAUGGAAGUAAGUAAACGUACUGUAUAUAAUUGUGUUUAAAUUUUAAAUUAUUUAAAUUAUUUCAGUAUGUUGUUAAAGCCCAAGUUGAUGGAAAAAUUGAAAAUAUUUUACGUAAAGCAGGUGAUAGUGUCAGAAAAGGAGAAAUAUUAGUAAAAAUAAUACCUAAAAUAUAAUUGGAAGUACAAAUGCUAAUAGUUAUGUGUAUAAAUUAUUGUUUAUUACUGUUAUUUUAA